UUCGAACCCUUUCUGCUUUUUUAAACUCAGUUCAAAAUCUCAAACACCUUUCAAAAUUUCACAGUAGAGAACUAGAGAUAGAGAGGGCGAAAGAUGCUCGAUUUCAGAACCAAAUGAGCUAUUGAAUCAACACCCACUUGUUUUUCCCUCCAAAGAUUCGUCAGUCUAAUCAGUUUUCACAAUUCGGAAGCUUCAGAUUUUGUUUUUUAAUUCAUCGUUCAGGAUGUUAAGGGAUUUCAAAUUCCUGCGUUCGAAUUCCGGGAGGAAAGAAGAGGCCGAGAACGUGCCGGUAAACCCGAAGGACUCAUCGGCGAUCCGAAUUGGCUCGGAGUCGAGAGCUCCGUUUAACCCGAUUCAAGAUCCGGUCCAGCAACCCAAGCCGGAACAAGAGGUGGGUAUUCGGAGCAGGGUUGAAAAGACACCAACAAAGGCUCCCAAGGCCAAAGUUUCCGAUCCGGCGUUGCCUCUUCGGACUCCCGAUAGGUAUGGUUCCCGGAAGCGAUUCGGGUGGGCCCAGAAGACCGAACCUAUUAGUACGACCGCCGGCGAUUUGCACGAGGACGGGGCUAAUUAUUCGACCCAAGUGAGUAGAGGAGGUGGUGGUGCUGGAAAUGGGGGUUUGGGAAGUGUGACUCCUCGGGUGACGAGGACAGCUGGUAGAGCUGCUUCGAGUUAUUCGGAGAGUAACUCGACGCAGACAACACCGACCAAGAGUGUUUCUAAGCCUCCGAAUUCGGGUUUUCGGAAUAAGGCUGAUGGAAGUGUUGGUCCUCGAGUGGGGAAUUUUGCUUCAUUGUAUAAAGGGAUUCCUAUUUCUUGUGGUCCGUCCACGGUGGUUAAUUCAGUCGAAGUGCCUCACUUUGAUCUCAAGGAAGAUCCAUCUUUCUGGAUGGAUCACAAUGUACAGGUUCUCAUUCGUGUGCGUCCUCUCAACAGCAUGGAGCGUAGUUUACACGGUUACAACAGGUGUUUGAAGCAAGAAAGUGCUCAAACAAUUUCCUGGAUUGGGCAACCAGAAAGUCGAUUUACAUUUGAUCAUGUAGCCUGUGAAACCGUUGACCAGGAAAUGCUUUUCAGGAUGGCCGGUCUCCCCAUGGUGGAGAAUUGCUUGUCGGGAUAUAAUAGCUGCAUGUUUGCCUAUGGUCAGACAGGAAGUGGAAAAACACAUACAAUGCUUGGGGAGAUUGACGAUUUAGAAACCAAGCCCAGUCCACAUCGUGGAAUGACACCCCGCAUUUUUGAGUUUUUAUUUGCAAGGAUCCAAGCUGAAGAGGAAAUUCGGAGGGAUGAGAAAUUAAAAUACAAUUGCAAGUGCUCUUUCUUAGAGAUUUACAAUGAACAAAUUACGGAUCUCCUUGAUCCGUCAUCUACCAAUUUGCUUCUGCGGGAGGAUGUUAAGCAGGGUGUUUACGUAGAAAAUCUCUCUGAAUUUGAAGUGUAUACUGUGAGCGAUAUCCUCAGGCUUCUCAUCCAGGGUUCUUCAAAUAGGAGAGUUGCUGCAACAAAUAUGAACAGAGAAAGUAGUCGUUCGCACAGUGUCUUUACUUGUGUAAUUGAGAGUAGGUGGGAAAAAGAUUCCACAACUAACCUACGGUUUGCUAGACUAAACCUAGUUGAUCUGGCUGGUUCAGAAAGGCAGAAAAGUUCUGGUGCGGAGGGUGAGCGGUUGAAGGAAGCUGCUAAUAUUAAUAAAUCACUAUCUACACUAGGUCAUGUUAUAAUGGUUCUAGUGGACAUGGCACAUGGGAAGCUGAAGCAUGUACCUUAUAGAGACUCUAGAUUAACCUUCCUACUACAGGACUCACUUGGUGGAAACUCAAAAACAAUGAUCAUUGCAAAUGUCAGCCCUUCUAUCUGUUGUGCGGCUGAAACACUGAAUACCCUUAAGUUUGCUCAGAGAGCAAAACUUAUUCAAAACAACGCUGUGGUGAAUGAGGAUGCCACAGGCAAUGUCAUGGCCCUACAACACCAAAUACGGCUCCUAAAGGAGGAGCUUUCCAUUCUUAAGCGCCAUAAUGUCUCCCGAUCUUUGUCGUUUUGUUCGGCCAAUUUUGAAGACACACAUAAAGUACGAAAAAUUGAUUGUAGUGAAAACGUGUGUGAUAUGGACUUAGAGUGCGAUGAUGAUUUUCUUGAAAUUGAAACAAAAGGAACUGUGAGACUUUCCACCAAACAGUUAAAAUCUUUGGAGACGACGCUUGUGGGUGCCUUGAGAAGGGAGCAGAUGGCAGAAGCUGCACUCAAGCAACUUGAAGCUGAAAAAGAGCAGCUGAACCGUUUGGUUCGUCAAAGAGAGGAAGACACCAGGGGGACUAAAAUGAUGCUAAGGUUUCGAGAAGACAAAAUUCAGAAAAUGGAGUCACUUCUUAGUGGUUCUAUUACCGUGGAGUCUUAUUUACAGGAUGAGAACAGAGCACUCUCUGAAGAGAUUCAGCUACUUAAAUCAAAACUUGAUAAGAAUCCUGAAGUCACUCGGUUUGCAUUGGAGAACAUAAGGCUUUUGGACCAACUUAGAAGGUUUCAAGAAUUUUAUGAAGAAGGGGAGAGAGAGAUACUCUUGGAUGAAGUUUCUAAACUGCGAGAUCAGUUGCUACAAUUUCUUGAUGGACACUCUAAGCAGCAUAGCAACCCAAAUAUUAGUAUGAAACCUCAGGAAACAGUGUGCAUGGACAGAGAUGGUGAUCCCCUUAAUAUGGAGUUGAAAAAUACUCUCCAUGAGUUAGAGGAAUGCAGGCGCAGCUUAAAUACUUGUUUGGAGGAAAAUGCAAAACUCAAUAGAGAUAUUGAAGAUCUGCAUACAAUGCUUAACAAGCUCAAGUCUACACCCAUUGAUCAAAAUGACUGUGUAGCUUUAAAGGUGCUUAAUGCUGUUCCCAUUGAGGAGGUGGAACCGAAGCUUGACCCUCGAAUAAAACAUGCAGAAGAAAUUUUAAAUUUACAGCUGGAAUUGGAUAUAGUGAAUAUCAUUUUGAGAGAAGAGAGGACUUCUCAAGAGGAGAGGGUAUAUUUCUUAAAUAAAGAUCUUCAUCUGGCAAAUGAAGAAAUUUUUGUGAUAAGCAAACAGCAUGAUGAUGCAAGCCGCCAAUUGGAGGAGGCUAAAUCGGUUAUUGAAGCUCUCGAGUCUCAGCAACUUCUGUCAAUCAAUGAGCUUGAGGACCUGAGGAAGCUUUUGAGUGAACGGGAGCUUGAAUUGAGGGCUCUAAAGGAACAACGGACCCUUAAGGAGUUUAGAGACUUAUCACCUUCGAACUGCUCAAACAACUAUGACUCACCAUUACAGGGAAAUUUGAAGAGGAUGCAUGAUUCCCUUGAAAAGGCCAAGAGAUUGAAUACAUGGUACCAAAGUGAUCGUGCAUUUCAAGUGUCAAAUGAAGAAGAAAUGGAUGAAGUUCGUAGGCAGGUUGAGGCUGAAACUGCAGAGGUGAUCGUCUGUAUGCAGGAAGAACUUGGCAUGCUUCAGCAGCAAGUUCAAAAUAGCCAUUUAAAAGAUAUGGAGAUGAACAAAAAUGUAAUGAUUUUGGAAACGGAACUGAAGGAGGUGCGAGAAAAGUUGUACAUGUUGAACGAAGAUAAUGGACGGUUAAGUAAAGAGCUUGAGGAGAAAGAUGGGAAAGUAAGAACGUUGUCACGAGAGUGGACAUUAUUGUCUAGUGAGAUUGAAGAAGUUCUGUCUGAUGGGUGUGAGGAACUAGAUGGUGCCUCUGAUCAACUUAACCUUAUAUCCAAUUCCUUUCCACAGAAAAGGAUUUGGCUCUCAGAACAAGUUGGAAGGACUGUACGAAUCAUCUCUGAAAAGGAAUAUUUAAUUGAAGAACUUAGGAGAUGUUUGGAGGAUGCAAACAACAAGAAAAAUGAAGUGGAGUGCAUGCUGAAGUCUAUGAGAGGAGCAACACUGGCUAUUACUGAAGCACAUGAGCAGGAGUGUUGUGAAAAGGAGAAAGAAAUGCUCAUGUUGACAACAAAGUUGAAUGCAAAGUCAUCUAGAGUGGAAAAGCUUGAGAAUCGAGUGAAGCUGCUUGAAGAUCAGAUCAGGAAAACAUCAGUUUGUGCAACAGUUGCUUUCGUUGUUGUGGAUAAAUUAGCAGAGAUGAAUCGUAGUAACGAAGAUGCUUUAAAGUGUAAGAAUAUUCAGCUUAGUGAAUCAGAAGACUUGAUCUCCACAAAGGUUGCCAUUCUCAGUGAUCAGGAGACUGUGAUAGCAGAAGCAGAGAAAAAAGUUCACUCUUUAUCUGGGGAAGUUGAAGAGUUGGAGAGAACCUGUGCUGAUCUAAGACAGGAGCUUUCUGAGGAGCGGGAAUGUGCUUUCACUAUACGACAGAAGCUUGAAGAUGUCGAAGAGAAAACCAUUUUGAUGGCAAGGGAGAAGCUAGCUGAGCUAAAAACUGGCGUAUCCACAUUGAGGUCAUGCAUGAAUACAAAUGUGGAGCAUCAUACAAGCUCUGAAGGGAAGGAUUCACAAUUAUCUUCUAAGUCUUCCAAAGGAGAGGGUGGUGGAUGGAUAGCUACGGAAACAAUUCUAGACCAGAAUGGAAACGAACAGUUUGUUGAAGACCUGACAGCUGGUAAGCCUGAUAUGUCUGAGUGCACUCUCAAAGUGCGGAAGAGUAUGUGUGCCAAUAGCACUCGAGAAGAUUUGAAGUCUGAAAGACCUUCCAAGGCUAAGGCUGGGAGUGGUAGAGAUGUUACCAUUUUACUUUUGAAAAAGGAAAUAGAAACUGCCCUUGAUAGCUUAAAAGAGGUACAAGCUGAGAUGGACAAGCUACGUGAAGAGAACAAACUGAUGUGCAAGUCUGAGCAACAGAGUCGCGAAAGCAUGAAAUAUCUCAGAACACAGAUCAUUAAUCUGCAUUCAACUAUGAAAAACUUAGAAAAGCAAUCGAAAGUGAAGUUGGAAGCUCAAGAUCAUAAACUGGAGGUAUGUCAACAGAUGGUGCAGGAAGCUGGCUCCCAAUGGUGCCAAACGAAAGAGAUGAUGGAAAUGGAAUUUGAUGAUGCAAAGUUAGUUGCAGCCCAGAAAACUGCUGAGGUCUCUUGCAUUCUUCCUAAGUUUGAGGAGGCUCAGGAUAUUAUAAAGGAAGCAGAUAAUAUGAUCAACAAGCUGAUGAUAUCUAAUAAAACAAUGAAGCUCGAAAUAAAAAGGUUGAAGAAACUGGAAGCCUCAUUAAUCAGUGAUAAGGAUAUGUUACUAAAUGAGGUUCAGAGCUUGCAGUCGAUCAAUUAUCUGAGCAGUCAACGAUUUGCAGAAGUUGAAGACUUGCUUACCUCGGAUAUAACGGAAACAAAGGCUCUGGUUGUAGAGCUGGAGGGUAUACUAGCAGGGAUCCAGGCUCAUUACAACGAAAAUUUCAUUCUUUUAGCCUCUGAUUUUCAGAGUGUGAAGUCUCUCCUUUCAAACUCCUCAAAGUUAAUCCGUUCAUCCGUCGAGGACAUCUGGUCUGAGAUAAUUGUGAAGGAUUGUGCAGUGUCAGUGCUACACCUCUGUCACAUGGGAAUUUUUCUGGAAACAGUGACUGGGCUGAAUGCAGAGAACGGUCUGCUUCAACAUGGAAUUUGUGAAUCAAGUACUUUAAUAGCUGAUCUGAGACAACACAACGUUAGGUCCCAAAGGGAGCUUGAGAUGUGUCAGAUUCUUAAGGGGAAAUUACUGGCAGACAUUAAGAACAGUUAUGAUCAUAUCUCAAGGAGAGAAGAGGAAGCUGGGAAGCUUAGUACAAAGCUCAACACUUUCGAGAAACAAAUAUCAGAACUUCAGUUUCAAGAGGAGUUAAUGCUACAGAGGUCUAAUUAUAUGGGAUCUCAGCUUGCUAUUCUAAUGAAAGAGUUGGACAGUAACUCCAAUUUUGGAGCAUCCCUUCUGAAGCAAGAGAAAUUUCUGAAAGGAAAAGAGGAGGCAUUUGAAUCUCAAGUUGAGUGUUUCAUGAUAGAGUGGUGCUCGAAAGACUUUGAGUCACUUAUCUUGGCAUCAGAGUUAGAAGUUAUGGCUAAGCACAAAGCUGAUAUGGAGAGAGAGCAUAUCACAUGUUGUGCGAUGCUCGAAGACUUCAAGAAAGAAGUAAUUUUUUCAAAGGUUGAUACACUACUGAAAGGACAGCUCUUACUGGAUGAGGAAGUUGAAGUUGCUUGUCUGCAAACGGAAGCACAAAAGGAGAGGCAGCAUCUAUUGUCACAGCUGAACCAAAGCAGUUUAAGGGUUGCACAAAUGAAUGAAGAAAAGAAGGCUCUUGAACAAGAAAUUAUGUUGCUAAAGAAUGUUUCUCUUUUAAAUGAUGCCUUGAAAGGUGAACUUGGUGAAGCUAAGCAAACAGAGAUGAAGCUUUUGUGCCAGGUUCAAGCUCUAGAAGCUGAAUACCAGAAACUACGGGAAGAUUUAAACACUAAGGAAAUGAAUUUAGAAAUUUCUGCCCAUCAGUUUUCUGUCCUUGAACAGGAAAACCAAAGGUUGCAAAAUGAUAUUCUCAUGUUGCAAACCUCAUCAGAUGGACUUCAAGAUGUGCUAGAGAAGAAAAAGGCAGAGCUGAGCAGAUUGAACUGCUUGGAGACGGAAAAUGAGUCGCUUAAAACUGAGAUAGAGAAGUUAAAUACAGAAAACAGCAUGGCUCUUAAACAUUUGGAGCAGAAGAAUUCUGAGUUUUCAUCUUCAUUAAGCCGUAUAAGUGUCUUCGAUAAAGAAAACUGCAGGUUGCAAGAUGAAAUAUUCUCUUUGGAGAUUCACAUUGUUAAUCUGGAGACUCAUCUAAGGGCGAAAAAUGCUGAACUGGAUGAACUCCUCACCAUUUCAAGUGCAAGAGCUAAAAGGUGUGUUGAUUCAGUGGAAACUUUGGAUUCAGCGAAUAACAGAUCAUGUAAUAUUAUAAAGGAAGAAGGUUUCAUGAUUGUGGACAAAAUGUCUCAAGAACUAUGUGAAACUGGAGAGAGAAUAUCUCAGUUCAUAGAACAGGUCGGCUGCUUAGAGUGUCAGGCUAAGGAGCUGGUGUCUGAAAAUUUCUCUCUUCGGGCUGAGUUACUGAGGAAGGAUGAUGUUCUUAAUGGCUUGUUAUUUGAUCUGAGUUUGUUGCAGGAAUCUGCAUCUAAUAAUAAGGAUCACCAAGAUGAAAUUGCGGAAAUGGAAUCUUCUUUGGAGGCUCUAGAGGAUGAGCUUUCAGCAAAAUCAUGUGAGCUCGAAGAGACCAUGGCUAAUAGCCAAAUGCUUGAAACUCAAUUGCAGGAGAAAAGAGAUAUAAUCUCCGCUCUUGAGCAGGGUUUAUUGGAAGAGCGCGAGUCUCUAAAAUUUCUGUCCCAUGAAAACCUGGAACUGAGAGCUCAAGUUGAAGAUGCUUUGGCCACGAGAACUUCUGUUGAGAAGGAGUUGACAGAGAAACAGAAGAUUACUGCGAGCUUGAAAAUGGAAGUCCUUGAAAUGAGUAAUGCUCUUGACCAAAUGAAUGACUCGAAUGAAUCCUUGAGGGACAAUUUGAAUGAACUCGCUAAUGAAAAGGAUCUUCUUCACACUGAGAUGCUUCAGUUGAAGGAAAAGUUUGAAGGAGAACUGGCACGAGCUGAUGAAAUUGAAGCAAUUGCUAAUGAAGCACAACAGAUAGCUGAAUUAAGAAAAAUCUAUGCUGACGACAAAGAGGCAGAGGUGAAGCUGUUAGAGAGGUCCGUUGAGGAGCUUGAACGUACUGUAGAUGUGCUGGAAAAUAAGGUUGAUAUUGUUAAGGGAGAGGCUGAACGACAACGAUUGUAUGGGGAAGAGCUUGAAUUGGAACUUCAUGCUGUAGAACACCAGAUGCAGAAUGUUGAAAAUGCUAAUGCUGACAUGAAAAGAUAUUUAGGUGAGAAAGAGAAAGCCCUUCAAGAAGCCCUACACAAUAUACAAAUACUUGAGAAGGAAUUAGCUGAGAAGGAUGCAGAGAUUGCCCAAUUUAAAGCACAUAUCUCUGAGCUGAAUUUGCAUGCAGAAGCACAGGCUUGUGAGUACAAACAGAAGUUUAAAGUAUUGGAAUCUAUGGCCGAACAAGUCAGACCUGAAAGCCAUUCAACUCAUGCCACAAGCUCUUCAUCAAACAAGUCAGAGAAACAUGCUGCAAAGCCUAGAGGCUCUGGUUCCCCAUUUAAAUGCAUUGGCUUGGGUAUGGCACAGCAGAUAAAAUCUGAGAAGGAUGAGGAUCUUACAGCUGCAAGGGUGCGCAUUGAAGAGCUUGAAUCCUUAGCGUUCAGUCGACAAAAAGAGAUAUUUGCUUUGAAUGCUAGAUUAGCUGCUGCUGAAAGCAUGACACAUGAUGUGAUUCGGGACUUACUGGGAGUCAAAUUGGAUAUGACUAGUUACGUGUCACUAUUGGAUAAUCAACAAGUGCAAAAAAUAACGGAGAAGGCUCGGCUUCAUAGUGUGGAAUCUCAAGAAAAGGAGCAAGAGGUAGCUAAGCUGAAAAAACAGCUGAGUGAAUUCAUUCAGGAAAGACAAGGGUGGCUAGAGGAAAUUGACCGAAAACAGGCUGAACUCAUAGCUGUGCAAAUUGCUUUGGAAAAACUUAAGCAGCGAGAUCAGUUACUUAAAACCGAAAAUGAAAUGCUGAAGGCGGAGAAUGUAAAUCAUAAAAUGAGGGUGAUGGAACUUGAAGGAGAAGUAGAUAAGCUGUCGGGUCAGCAAAACCUCCACCAGCGAAUUCAUCAUCAUGCAAAAAUCAAGGAAGAAAAUCACAAGUUAAAAGUACAAAAUGAAGAACUUAGCAAUAAGCUCCGUAGGACAGAAGUUAUUCUUUCACGUGUCAAGGAAGAGCUUGCUUGCUUUCGUGCUUCCUGUGGGAAGAACCCUUGUGUCAAUUUUGAUGAAGAGCAACGAUUGGGUGCAAAACUAAAGGAAACUGAGGAGGAGAAGUUGCAACUAGCACAGAAAUUGUUAGGCCUCUGUAGUAGCGUUUUGAAGGCUGCUGGAAUAACAAAGCAAUCGACACAUAUAAACCCGUCUGCUGCUGAAGAGGCGCUCGAGCAAAUCAAGAACAAGAUUACUUCAAUGGACAGAGAAUUGCAGGAUUUGAAGUUUAAGAACAAAAUAAGCAGUGAAAGAAUUCGAUUGUCGGAGCUCAUGCCGCAAACUUCACCAUUAAGCUCAAGGAAGGAUGAGAAUUCUCAAACUCCGAAAAGAACGUCCCAACAAGCUCCGUACUUUUCUGCUUUAGAUCGAUGACUGUGUUCUUCAUGUAAAGAAUCAGAGUCUGGUUAGCUUUCUGCUAACAAUUCUAUGACUACAAAAUUGCUGUACAUUGUUCUUUUGUGUUUGUAAAUAAAGCUGCUGUGAACAUAUGAGUUAAUAUACUGGAUAAUUUGUUCAUGUA